AUGACGAGUGAUGCUUCCAAUGUUCCGGAUGAGACGGAUGCCGUCAGUACCCCCAGCUCGGCGUCCACAGGAGAGGUUUUGCUGCGAUUGAUCGGAGGACCGCAUGGCAUCCGCAGCAGCGAGAGUAGCGACACGUCCAGUCGGAAGGCUUCCGCGGAGGUCUCCGACCCAAGCAAAUGGACGCCAUCCGAUGGCGAGGCCAUUGCCAGCACUCAUGCCACCCGUGCGCCUGAGCAGCCUGAUCCACACGCUGAAGGGACUUGCUGGCCUUGUGCCUUCUUUCUUUCGCGUUGCGGCUGUCCUCGAGGCAAGGCUUGCCAGUAUUGCCACCGCCAUGAUGAUUGUGAGAGGCGAUUACCACACCGCCCUCGCAAGCAGACGCGUGACAAGGUUCGACGUCUUCUUACAGUCGGUGCAACGGAAGACCCGAAACAAUGCAGGAUGAGCUGCAGCAGAUAG